GCUAUCCGGAAGUCUGCACUCUUGUAUCUUGAGAAAACAAAUGGCAAGAAGGAAACUGUCGAAAUUAAGUUGAUUUGAUAAUAAAAACAAUCAAAAUCAAAGUGUGACAACGACGAUAUAUUAUUUCCUCUUCACUUGCUUAUUGAUCCUGCAUAUUGUCAUCGAAGAGGUUAGUGAAACGAAUUAAGAAAUGGCUACAGAGACCGAAUGUGUUCUACGUUAGGAAGCUGGAGGUAAGUGCUAAUUUCUGGGAAUGAAAUGUUCUGUCUAACAUUAGCUGCCAAGCAAUUCGGUCGAAAGAUUACCAAGGUCCAAUAUAGUUAUCAAACAAUGGAUGAAUUACUCAGAAAAGAAAGUGUCGCAUUUCGGGGGUGCGUGACGAGAGCUAGCUACAGGUGAUAUACAAAUCGAUUAGCCUGUGAAUGUCACCUUUCCAAUAUGCCUUUCCAUUCAACUAUCUACAGUGGGCCUAUAGUUCAUACUUUUAUACUCGAUUAAUGUAAGUGACGGUGACUUUGUUAAAUGACUCUCUUGAACCCUGUGUUUUAUCUAUAUCCAUUUUAUCAUUUUAUUAUCAGAUUGACAUGGAUGGUAUGAACUGAAGACCAGCGGUUUCAUCCUCUAACCAGCUCACCUACCUCCUGUCCAAGAUGAAUCCAGCUCUCCCUCAAUUUUUCCCUCAUACCUUAUACAUUUUCCUUGUCUUUUUUUGACUCUGGCUUUACCUCAUUCUGUUAACCUGCUUAUGUCUUCAUUACUUUAAUACAAUAAUAUUUAAAUUAACCAAGUAACCUCUCCACAUGUCCUUUUUGCGUUCUGCAUUCCUUUGGCGCAACUUAUGUUUUUACAAACCCAGUCCUCCUGACUUCCUUUCCCUCCUAAGUUGUUGGGCCAUGCUCCGUAAGAGAGGUUCUGCCAUUCUCUGUGGUGCUUUUCUCUUUGUCGCCUGGAAUGCCAUCAUGGUCCUCUAUCUGUGGGGCCGACCCCUGUCUGGUCGAGAGGAGAGGGAGAUGGAUGGAGGACGAGGAGGGGCUGAUUUGGCUGGGGAUGUGAUCCACAUGGCAGAAGCCUUUGAGGCAGAGCUUGAAAUGCAGAGAAAAAUCCUGCUUCAGAUACAGGGUCAUCGGUCACAAUGGGAACAACCCAAUGAGAAUGGCGCCAGCAGAGGUGGCCCCACUCAAAUGGUCAUUCCCAUCUUGGUUAUAGCCUGUAACAGGGUUACUGUCAAACGCUGCCUGGACAAACUCAUAGAGUACCGCCCCUCAGCUGAACUCUACCCAAUUAUAGUCAGCCAGGACUGUGGGCAUGCGGAGACUGCACUGGUGAUUGGUUCUUAUGGCAGUCAGGUAACUCACCUGAAACAACCAGACCUGUCAGAUAUUGCCGUGAGACCAGAACACAAGAAGUUCCAGGGCUACUACAAAAUCUCCAGGCACUAUCGCUGGGCUCUCAACCAAGUGUUCAACUCUCUUUCACAUUCCUCUGUUGUUAUUGUGGAAGAUGAUUUGGAGGUAAUAAUUUAAUCUACUCUUACUUGAAAUAUGCAUUGAAUGUGAUAAAGUGAAAUGUUAAAUCCACUUGUUUUGUGCUCAUCAUUGUUUACAUCCUCUCUAGUUGCCAGUUGAACAACUAAAAAAACCAUUGUUUUCCAUUCUUUCACUAGGUGGCACCAGACUUCUUUGAGUAUUUCAGAUCCCUUCACCCGAUCCUGAAAUCUGACCCGUCUCUGUGGUGUGUGUCUGCUUGGAAUGACAACGGUCGGGACGGCUACGUCGACCCUGGUAAAGCAGACCUCCUGUACAGGACAGACUUCUUCCCUGGGCUGGGCUGGAUGAUGCUCAAGGAACUCUGGGAAGAGCUGGAGCCCAAGUGGCCUGGUGCAUUCUGGGACGACUGGAUGCGUAAGCCAGAGCAGCGCACUGAUCGAGCCUGUAUUCGACCCGAAAUAUCCAGAACUUUAACCUUUGGACGGAAAGGUGUGAGCCUUGGCCAAUUUUAUGACAAAUACCUACGCUACAUUAAACUGAAUAGUGAAUUUGUGCCUUUCACCAAGCUGGAUCUGGCUUACUUGAAGGAGGAGAAAUACAAGGAGAUCUUUGAGAAGCAGGUUUACAGUGCGCCUUUGGUCAAAUAUGAAGAGGUCCAACAGGGACAGUUAAAAGGAGCAGGGUCCAUUUUGUCUGCACUACUCAAGCAAAGAUGGUUUCAAAGUGUUGGCCAAAAACCUGGGCGUGAUGGAGGACUUGAAGUCAGGGGUCCCACGGACAGGGUAUCGGGGAGUGGUCAGUUUCCUGUCAAGGGGAAGGAGAAUCUUCCUGGCGCCCCCUCCGGGAUGGAGCAAAUAUGACCCAACCUGGAGUUGAUGACAAACACAAAGGACUGAAGAGGAAAGGGCUCUGCACAUUACAUCUAGUAUUAUGGCAAUGGAAGUGAGACCAAAGAAUACCAGAUGUGGACCUAUGACUUUAAGCUAUAGUGAGAUCGUUAUGACAGAUGCCUAUCCUCUCUCUUCCAUUUCUGAUGUUUGAUUUUCUCCCCAUACUUCUCAGGUUUUUUCAUACACUCAAAUAAAUAUAUUUUUGCAAUGUGGGGUUGGGAUAGUAAGGUAGGUAGAGAUAUGUCAUUAUUUUCAGAUAUUUUUUAUAUACUCUAAUCAUGCACAUGAAAUUCAAUGCAACAUCCACUUUGAUUAUUCUCAAUCUUGUAUGCAAUUUCUGGGAGCCUCUGUUACUAAUCUAUUUCAGAUUAAAAAAUAUAUGAUCUGUGGUGUGGUCAAUAAUGGUGGUGGUCUACUAGUGAUUUGUCCUAAAGUAUAAUUGCUUCACAAUAAAAAAACAUUUCAUAUUUUGGAGAACUGUUUUGACAAUAUUUUAAGCUGGUUAGAAUAGUGCUUAAUGUUUUUCCCAAAGAGACAGCUACUGAAGUGUGUAUUUAUUUAAAUGCAAGACACUCAUCACAAAUUCUGUAUGUUAUGUACUUUCGGGAAUUAAAUUCUACCAAUCAA